UUCCAACAUGGCUAGAAAGACUCGCCUGUUGAUGAUGAUCAAGAAUACAAAGAAAGAACGACACUAACCUUCCUCAUUCAAAUUAGUUGUAAUGACUUUGAAUUAAAACUAUUCCGCAGGGAAAUAAAUAGUAAUUAGUGUGGUGCAUUGCAAGAAAUUUAGAAUUCAUGCUUUUGCUGACGUUAAUUAAGUUAAUGGAGACGUUAUUUAUGUACAUAAAAUGUACAUUGUACCACUAAUCCAUAGAAAUGCCGAACUCAACCUUUGCGAAAUGUAAAUUGUCGAGCAUAAAUACAAGUCGCCAUUAGAAAGACUUUCUAGUCUCACUCGUUCGGUCGAAUUGCGAAAUAGAAGGUUUCUCGGUUCUAAGCAAAAUGGAUACAGGAAUUCAAGAAUUCUUUAGAAAUAAAACCGUUUUCCUAACGGGAGGAUCAGGAUUUUUGGGCAAAGUGGUCAUUGAGAAGCUCCUGAGGACAACCGAGGUGAAACGAAUAUACUCGCUAUUCAGACCCAAGCGCGGCGUGUCUAUCGGAGAACGCGUCUCAGUCUGGGAGAAGGACUCGAUUUUUGAAGUGCUCUUGAAGACCAAGCCGGAUGCGCUGCAGCGGGUCUGUCCCAUUGCAGGAGAUUGCCAACAACCGGAUCUGGGCCUGUGUGAAUUGGACAAAGGUCUCCUGGUUUCCGAGGUGCAAGUUGUUAUCCAUGGAGCAGCCACCGUUCGCUUUGACGAGGCCAUGCACUUGUCUUUGGCCAUUAAUGUUCGCGCGACUCGGCUGAUGCUUCAGCUGGCAAAGCGAAUGACCCAGCUGGUGUCCUUUGUCCAUGUCUCCACCGCCUACUCCAAUUCUGUGGCGACCGACAUAGAUGAGAGGUUCUAUCCGGAGCAUUUACGAGAUGGUUCUGACAAAAUCCUAGCCUUGGGGGAGCUGUUGAGUGCAGAGACGAUAGACAACAUGACGUCUGCGCUGGUAGGAUCCUUCCCGAACACCUAUACCUAUACCAAGGCCCUGGCGGAGGACGUGAUCCGGAGGGAGGCGGGCAACCUGUGCAUCUUCCGACCGUCGAUCAUUAUGCCGGUCUGCAAGGAGCCCGAGGUUGGGUGGACAGAAGGUUUAAACGGUCCCCAGGCUCUAAUCUUUGGCAUAGCUCGCGGUGUAGUCCGGGUACUCACGUUUGACUCCAACUCCAAGUUUAACUUGGUACCGGUUGACUAUUGUGCUAACGUAAUCUUGGCCUGUGCCUGGACAACAGGCACAAAUAUAGGGCACGCAGAAAAGCCUCCUAUUUACACUUUUGGUUCCACUAGGAAGAACCAGUUAUGUUUAAAGAAUUUCCUAGAACUAGGUUUUUCUUUUAUCAAUCGUAAUCCGCUGAACAAUGUGCUGUGGUACCCCUUUCUCAUUCGUUUUCCUCCCCUCCUGUUUCCAUUUGCUGCCUUCUUUUUUCAUACCCUUCCGGGAUACUUCCUCGACGCGCUACUUCGCCUCAAUGGCCGCAAGCCCAUCCUGGGGAAGGUCUACAGCAAAAUACACAAAAAUAUUGCUCUUCUGGGACCGUUCAUGAGAACCACCUUUAACUUUGGCAUGUCCAACACCCAGGGACUGUUGGAGACGCUGUCGAAGAAAGAUCGCUUUAUGUACGACUUUGAUAUGGACCGUCUGGAUUGGGACCACUAUUUUCAAGGCGCCUUUAGUGGUAUGCGAAAGCAUAUAGCCAAUGAGCCGAUCACUGAGGAGUCCAUUGCCAGUGGUCUGAAGCUGCACAGGCGCUUCAAGGUCCUUCACUAUGGUCUCACGAUAUUGCUGCUCUCUUUAAUCCUGUACGGCUUGUGGAUGCUGGCAAAGUUUGUCUUUUAA